AAGUUCUCUUGGUCCGUAAUAGAUAAAAAAAUAUCUGACAAAAAGCGAUUUUUAUUUAUUUUGAAGAAAAUAUUAUUCAUAUUGAAGAACAAAAAUGUCGAUAAUAUUAUUUUUUUUGAUAUGCAAUUAUAUUCUACACUAUUUACAAGUAUUAGCUUUGGAAUGUUUUUGUAGUUUUCAUUGCCCUCAUGGAAGCACAAAUGAGACAUGUAAUACAAAUUAUAAAUGUUUUGCAACACUUGAAUACCUAGAAGGUACAAAAACAAAAGAAUACAGAUAUGGAUGUAUGCCUCCUGAAUUUGAAGGAGGUAUUUUUCAAUGUCGGCAGAAGCAUAUUCAACACGCAGUACCCAUGGUGCUUAAAUGUUGCAAUGAUCAGCCUAGAUGCAAUGAGAAUUUAAUACUUGAGAUUCCUAUUGAAGAACAACAAAGAUAUGAAGAAAGCUUUAACAAACACCACGUAUUUCAGAGCCAGCAAAUUGCAUUGGUAGUUUCUGUCACACUUUCUAUCAUUUUUUUUGCCAUGUUUGCAGCAUACAUUUACUUGAGGUAUAUAAAGUUGAAAAAGCAAAAGAAAUCAAAUUGUGACAGGCAAGUUAUGCUUCCUCCUGAUGAAAAAACAGAAAAUUCGACUUGUAGUACUGGAUUGAAAUCAAAAUUGGCUCAACGAUCUUUUGCUAGAGAAAUUUCUAUUGUCAAAGAAGUUGGUAGAGGGCGCUUUAGUGUUGUUUAUAUUGGUUUAUAUCAAGAUCAAGUUCUUGCUGUUAAAAUUGUUGAUGAGUCUGAUGAAUACUCUUGGCAGAGAGAACAACAUUUUUAUAAAACUGGAUAUCUUUGUCAUGAGAACAUACUUAGUUUUAUUGGUGCUGAUAUUGUUGAAAGAAACACGGUUGCUAGGAUGUUGAUUACACAGUAUCAUCCUUUUGGAUCUCUUUGUACUUUUUUGCAAAAUCAUUCAUUUGAUUUCUCAAUUUUUUUCCGUCUUGUAUAUUCUUCUGUUUGUGGAAUACGUUAUCUCCACAAUCCAAUAAGUGGCUCGCAUGGUAAACCAGCAAUAGCUCAUCGGGAUAUUUCUAGUAGAAAUAUUCUUGUAAAAGAUAACUUGCAAUGUUGCAUUAGUGAUUUAGCCCUCGCGGUUGAAGAAAAUGCUGGUGAAUCUAAGUUGAUUUCAUCAAAGGCAAAACUUCCUAAUCCAAGAUAUAUGGCACCUGAAGUUCUUGAGAAUCCCUACAGCACUAAUCAGACUGUCUCUUUUUAUCAGAAAGCUGAUAUGUAUUCUUUCAGCUUAGUCAUGUGGGAAAUUUUACUGAGAUAUGAAAUAGAAGGUGUUGCUGAACCAUACCGACUUCCGUUUCAAGAGUACGUAGGACUUAAUCCUUCUAUAAAUGAAAUGACCGAUAUAAUCAAUGUUAAAAAGCUUACGCCUGAAAUUCCUAAAAAAUAUAUUCUUGAUCAGAAUGCUCGAAAUAUAAUAAAAUCUAUGAAAAACUCAAUGAAGUACUCAGCAAUGUCUCGGUUCUCGUCGUAUCGCUUGAAAAAAAGUCUUAAUAAAUGCAUGCAAGAAAAAACAAAGUUAACCGAAAUUGGCGAUACUAGUAAUAACACUUGCUCAACGACGGUCACAUAAAAAUUGAUUGUUUUGAAAAAAAUAAUUUUUGUACAUAUGUAUUAUAUAAAUAUAUUUAAUGUUAUAGCA